UAACCUAAAAACUGGUGUGCAGGAGCAGCCAAACGUCAUUAGCGGUUCGGCGGAAGUUGAUAGAGAAGUGACAGGGAAAAUCGAAGAAAAUGCAGAUCUUCGUCAAAACCUUAACGGGGAAGACCAUCACCCUCGAGGUCGAGUCCAGCGAUACCAUUGAUAAUGUGAAGGCUAAGAUUCAGGACAAGGAAGGUAUUCCACCGGACCAGCAAAGGUUGAUUUUUGCCGGGAAGCAACUGGAGGAUGGCCGUACUCUUGCCGAUUAUAACAUCCAGAAAGAGUCGACCUUGCAUCUUGUUUUGAGGCUUCGUGGUGGUAUUAUCGAGCCAUCUUUGAUGGCAUUGGCCAGGAAAUAUAAUCAGGACAAGAUGAUAUGUCGCAAGUGUUAUGCUCGUUUGCACCCCCGUGCCGUCAACUGCAGGAAGAAGAAGUGUGGACACAGCAACCAGCUGAGGCCGAAGAAGAAGAUCAAGUAAACUUUUACAAUUGGAAGAAGGAACCUGGGUGUUAGUGGAUUGCUGAUGUAUUUUGGGAUCCAGAAAGCUUCAUUUUAUUGUCACAAUUGUAGGCUUGAUAAACUACAUCUGUUGUUUUUAGAACCGCAUUAGCAGUGUUUCUCUUGGUCGGUUGUUAAUUUUUGAUCUUUUGCUGGAGACGCAUUUUUAUCAAUGGACUAUCAUGUCUCUGACUUAUGCGAUGACACUAUCUAUUUGAUUUUUACGAUG